GCAUUCCCCAAGCUGCUUCUGUUUAGCAGCCUUUGCUCAUAACCGCGGCGCGCAACCAUCGACUUAUUUCAAGCGUUGACCGCUGAAGCCGGUCGCCGCAGGCCAUCGUCGCUGGAUAGAUCUUAUCGCAGCUUCGUUAUUGCGCUGCAUUAUUUGCCACGCCCGUGUGCUGCACUCCUGUGGCCUUUCGGGUUCGGCUCUCUAGCUAUCAUCCCACGCACGUUGAACCAGCGUACCCAUGGUGAGAACGCGCAAAGAAGUGAAUCAAUCUACAACAAACACACCCAGAACCUCAUCAGUGCGCAAAUCGAAAAGAAAAAGAAAAGGACUAUCCCAAGACACUGAACCUGAACUUGUCCAACGGUCGCCUGCCAAAAAGCGCAGGAAGUUGGGCAAGAAGAAAGAGUGGUGGACUAUUCGCCGGGUCAUUGCUGAAGAUUACUUAGAAAACCCCAAAAGUGGUGAGACUAAUCACCGGUGUUUUGUAGAGUGGGAAACUGACUCUGACGGUGAGACUUAUGAGAACGAGUGGAUUCCGUACACGGAUCUCAAUGCUGGAGCAAUAGAGGAUUGGGAGAAAGAGAAAAAGAAGAGAGAACGUGAAAGCACAGAGCUUGAAGCUCAACGUCGUGAGACAAGAAAUCGACGAGGACUUCGAGAUCUCACACCUCGUCAGGGUAAAUCCGAGACGCCUGUGGAUUGCAACAAACAACAACAGCCGAAACUUGAUGUAUCGGCUCAUGACAUAUCUCGAUUCGAUUCUCACGAGCAAGACGUACAGCCAAACCGCAGUUUCAGGAUUAAAUCUGAAGAGCCUGUGCCUUCAUUUAUCUCUGCUUCAUCUGUUGACGCCGAAUCUGUCAGCUCCUACGAAUUCUCGAGGGCACCUACUCAAGGUGUUGUUGUUGUGUUGAGUAAGCCUGACAACUUCGACCCAUCUGAGUAUCAGAGUGUCACCACUCAAAACAGUUCUCAAAGGAUUGCAGAUCUUGAGGAUGAUGAUCAGCGAGUCACAUUUGCAUCGCAACUAAGUCAAGACACCAUCCCAGAUUCCCAAGAUUUAUCCGGAAAUUGGGACUAUCAAGAUUGCGAGAGCCAACCUGCUGCUAGACCUGACUUUAUUCCAACAAGUCCUGAAACACCCGAAGAUCCAUCAUCAUCUUUGGCCGAGGACAGUCCUGGAAGCAAUCGCCAAGUUCGAGAGGUUGUAUGCCAGAAAGGGGUACACAAUCGCGAAUCCAUCGCCAGUUCCCCAGAAAAGGAGGCCUAUCAAUCUGACAACGCUCCUGAGGGUCUGAAGACGGAGUAUUCUGAUUCCGAAAACCCUGAAGACAACCUAUCACCCACUGAUUUUGGAGGGUUCACCGGCGCGGCUCAUCAGGACGACCAGACUGAGGACAUUGAUAGUCUCAAAGCGAUCAACGAUUUAGAAGCUGAAAAUACUGAGAACCGUACCACUGCCAACAAUCAGAUAUUCGACGAAGAUAAUCUCGGCUCGACCAGGGGUAUUCGAGAUACCUUAUCGCCGGAAAACGAGAGUUUUGAAACCGCCAACUCUCAAGCUAGCCAUUCCUCGAACAACCGAGACUUGCCUGUGAAUCAGGACCCAUACGGCCAAGAUAGCGUCUCGGUUGACCAAGGUUCUGGGGACGGGCAGCGAGUGGUUCACGAUCACGUUCUUAAUUCUUUCAGCCGCCUUCCAUUUGAAGACGAGACUUUAGGUAGUCAGCAACCGGGUGUGGAGCAGGGUGCGCCAAGUCAUCAUCACCCUGCAGGGGAUCAACACGAAAGACGUGAACUGCAAUUCGAAAAGGGCGACGCUAACCCCCAGCGCCCUGAUAACCCAACUGGUGUGAGUGGCGGAGAAGCUCUCUCACAGUCAAAGGCACUAUCCUCCCCAAGCAAGCGGAUUGAUAUCAUCGUUCCAGAUUCACAGGGCGACUCGAGCCUAUCCACCGACCUGAACGUCAUCACGGGCAGGACUUUAACGCUUGUAUCAAAGACUCAGGUUACCCCCCUUGCUUUACAGACCGAAAUUGUUCCGGAUUCCGCUGCGACUGACUCAGAAAUCAUACCGUCUCGUCAACCAGGCCACUCUCACACUGCAACAUCCGAGAGAGGGAUCCUUCUUGAUAGUUCUUUGCCCAGUGACCAAAGCAUCCGGGACGUCCUAGAGGAUACAGCUGCAUCUCCACGAAGUUCUCCGGGUUCACAAAGGACACAGAAGCCCCAAAUAUACUAUUCUCAACCCCAAGGGUCGUACGGCUCCUUAGACAUAUCUAGUUCUCUCUCUUCCACUGCUGGGACUCUCAACAAGACUGCUUACCCAAGAGCCACAAUCGAAACUCAAGCGAGUCAGCAGGAAACUUUUGAAGCGUCGCGGCUUUCUAAACCCGAGGAAAACAGUGUUUCCGGUCAAAGAAUAGACUCCAACCAGAGAUCGCCUUCUCUUUCAACCAUUGCACAGACCAGUAGCGACUCUCAAGGGCUUGAAAAGCCUCGAUUGACUUCCAAACAAAAAAUGGAGCGCCCGGGUUCACAACCACGGGAUUCAGCUGUCGAUGAGCUAAAGAGCUACAUCGAUUUCGACAGGGACUCGGCGUUGACACAUGUUGGCGACUCUCUUGAAGAGAACCUCGAUGGCACACCUUACGAAGCAAUUGCCGAUGAAGAACCGGUUCCUGAUGUCAGUGCAAGUAGCCAUGCUGCUGUCCUUCAAUCUCCGCCAGUUUACUCUAUGGGUCCCUGGAAAGCACAAGCUCUAGGGACCAACUCCGACACUCCUGUGCCUUCAAUAGCGCCGGCAGCCAUUAUGGCGGACCCUUCCACCUCUGCAGUUGCCAGGAUGCGAGAAGAGCUCAGUAGAAGAUUUGCUGAAUCAGACGUAUCCCUGACCCAUUCUAUUAUUAGCCAAGAAGAGGAAGAUAGCCUGCUCCCUGCAACGAUUUCCCCCACAGUCAUCAGUAUAGUAAAUGAACCAGUUGCGUCAACCCACACCUUGAACUUUCCCAACCAUGGUUCAGUGCCCACUGAAGUUGAAAGUUCAGGGCACUCUAUGACUAUGGGUCAAGUUCCAGUCGACCAAGCUUCUCUACUGUCAGAAUCUUCAGAGCAGAACGGCUUUUACGUGCAAACGAAAGUCACUCUCCCAAUGCAGGCGAGCAGGCGUUCUUACUAUGGAGAGGUAAUAGAGGACCACAAAGACGAAAUCCAAGCCUUUAGCCGUUGCUUCACUGGCGAGACUCAAGAGGAGCCCAGUGAAGAGCUCACUAACAAGAUCAAGAAUCUUUUCGAGAGGCUCUUCGAGAUUUGCGACUAUCCUCAGGGUGUCAUUGGUAGUGCUCUCGAGACGCUACCCAGCUCUGAUCUCGCCCGAUACUGUUGUGAUGCCAAUCCCAAAUUCAAUUUCUUAUUUGAACUGAUGGCCGCACUAGACGGGAAGGAAAAGGAGAUCUUGAUUGUCGUUGGGACCAAGGAACUGGUGCGACUACUUUUUAAACUUGCUGAAGCGGCAAACGUUGAAUGCUCGGCAGAAAGCAUUAACAAGCAUGCCAAAUUUGCUUCAUUUGCAAGAAUCAGUAUUGCUUUGACCAGCGAAGACUUCGAUCCUUUUAGCUUCGACGUCAUUAUCGGCUAUGACCAUCGUUAUCCAAAUUCGUUGAUCGCCAGGCAAUUGUCCGACCGUCCUUCUCAGAAGCCGCCGCUAGUACUACGACUCGUGACAACGUAUUCGAUUGAGCAUGUAUAUAAUACUCUGCAGGGCGCAACGUUACUCGAGACCCAGAACGCAAUUCUCGCAUCUACUGUAAGUGCAAGCCGGUAUCUCGAAGAACCAGAACGAGGUUACUACGAACCCCACGAAGUCGCAGAGAUAUUUGCGAAUUAUUUCAAUGGAAAUACCGACACAUUGAAUUGGGAGCCUCAAGGUAUCCCAGAUGACGUUCUUGAUAUCUUCGAGAAUCCGGGGACACAGACCCAGCUGCCUUUUACAGGGGACGCCUUAUAUGGAAAUGACUUGAAGCGGAAGCAUAUUCAUGAUGAAGGGGAUGGUGAUGCUAAACGAAUGCGCACUCUUCCACUUCGCGAUCUGCCGACUGGCAGCACCAAUCCUCCUAUGCCUAUUGCAGUCCGCCAGAUGCUCGAAAGUGCUACCGUCCGAAGCGAGACCAGGGACAGAAAAGCAAUGAUCUCAGUACCUUUGGUAACUCUGGAGACAAUCCAGGAGCAGAUCGACGAAUACAAGCGACAAACUGCGCAAGCAGGCGAAGUCGAAGUAGAACUCAAAAGCUACAUCAGCAGACUCGACAAAGAAUUGAAGGAUCAUCGGAAGACCUUGAGUAAGAUUGAGUCUUCUAAUCGUGCUGCUCUUCAAGAUCGAACCGUGGCUGAACGGGAGAGGAUCCGAACCGAGGGUGUUGCGGCAGCUGCCGCCAAGGUUGCUCAAAAGGAGAAAGAGAGGCAACAACAGCGAAUUGAUGAACUCGAAUCAAUCAUUGCGCGCCUCAAGCAAAAUCCCGAGACGGCCAAGAGGGAAGAAGCAUUGAGCGAGGUGAAAGGGCAGCUGCAGCUCUCAGAAAGCAGGCGAACGAGCGCCUUGAACGACGUGGAUUUCAUGAAGAGUCGAUACCAGGAUGUCGACGCUCAAGCUUUGAGAUUGGCAAAUGAGAACAAAGCAUUGAAGAUCCAAAACGAAGAGUUGGAGCAAAAGGCAUCAGAGAACUUGCGUGCCAUUCACGCACAGAAUGUUGCUAUGGAACGUCAAGAACUCUUGGAACAAAUUGCCAGCCUCCAAGCACAGCUCCAGCAACGAGACGCUGAGCUAUAUAACGCCAACCAGAGACUGGCCAGUGUUUCGAAUGGCCGAAACACUCGGGGCGGUAGCAUGCCUCGCAGCCCUCGUGUCCCAAGUGGAAUGAGCCCACGACCCCGGGCGGCAUUCUCUGCUAGUCGAGGGACGAGCCCUAUCGGCCCUGGUCAACCAUUCGUGGGACAACAGGCAGGAAAUGGAAGAUGGAAUCACUUGCAAUAAGAGCUACAGAAGGCAGAAGGCAGAAGUAUGAGAGUAUGAUGAUACCAAUCCUUUACAUGUUUGAAGGCUAUCAUGGAAUUUGGCGUAUGGGACUGGCAAUUGGGAAUGCAUAGCCUCCACCCCAGUAUAAAAUGAGCAUCUAUUUGAGAUGUGUAGAAUUUUGACCUGUGCUUCUCGUGAAAGUCGAAGACAGUACUGACAUGCCAAAAAUUUGUUAUAGCAGAG